AUGGUUCGUCUCAUUUGAGUGUUCGGUGGGUGUGUGGAUGCCUGCUUGGUGUAUGAGUGUGUGUGUGUUGAGAUGAGGUUGUUGAUCGUUUUGUGGGUAAAAAGUUUGUGAAUUAGUUGGUUGGAUCCAGUUCUCAUGUUUGGUCUUAAUUUGGUGGGCAUUAAGUUCGGUUUGUAUGCGCGCGAAAUUCGAUCUUCGCGUUCAACUUGAAUGUGUUGGUUGUUAUGCUCUCGCACGGCUUUUGGAGAAGGAAAUUGGGCGUCGCCUGUAUACACGUCUGUUUGCCUUUGGUUGCGUCAAUAUGAGUAGUCAUAGUCUGUUUGGGGAGCGUGGUUGUUUGGGUCUUCGUGAAAAUCCUCAUCGCCAACCCCGAGAGGUUCCACUGACGUGGUUUGUACGCAUAUAACUGCAUCUCGGGCCUUGCAUUUACGCAAGAAUUUAUCGAUUGUCAGUGUGAAUUUUCUCAUAACGCUCUAUCGAUUGCGACAAUUGUACGCUGUGAGGGAAGUUCGUCAACUAUCCUUAUUCUUUAUCACGUGUCCUUGAUAUUCGAACCUUGGUGACUGUACCUCUCAGAUACAUGUGGUGAUAGGAUUAGUUUCUUGCAUGCCAAACGUGCGUUGUCUCUACUUUUAGAAUCUCCACUUUGAUAUGCUCGCGAUUUUGCUAUCACCCCAUUUGGCUCUUGAACUGUAAGCUCAAGUUUGCAGUACGUAUUUCAUGGACAUUGUACAAUUCGGGGCCGAAUGUUUAGCGUGCACUCCGUCCGGCGCUUGUUGGGCUUUGGCGUAUUUCUUGGUCCUUCUAUGUAUUGUCUCUGAGUAGUUUUUGGUCCAUGUCGUGAUGGUAAAUAUUUUGGAUGUCAAUGGCAACGAUUUCUCGUCUCUUUCGUUGUGAAUUCUCGUAUCUGAUCCAGAUUUUGAUCCAAUCGUGGAGGCAUGAUUGAUUUGCAGUGUAUGGGGGUUCUUGUGGGUGUGCUUUCUAGUCUGUGUAUGACGGUUCUGUAUGGCUGUACAGUAGUUUAGUCAUACCUGUUGGUUAGAGCUGCAGUCUCGUUAUUGUGUGUUGUCUCGCUAUUGCCUUUUAGUGAGUUGUCUCCAAUGAAAGAUGGCAGUCCAUCUUGCGUGAGAUUGAUCUGAAGGUUGAUAGGGAUGGGAUUUCAAUCGUGCGAACUGUAGGGUGCGUUGUUUGUAAUUUUAAGUGCAUUCAAGAGACAAGGAGAGGGGACACCAUGGGCAGGUUGUACUUGAUACAGUUGGAUGGGCGCAUCUACAGCUGUCGACAUUGCCGCAGUCACUUGGCUCAGUGUGAUGAGCUGGUCUCGAAGUCAUUUCACUGUCGGCACGGGAAAGCCUACCUUUUUAACACUGUGGUGAACGUCUCUGUCGGGCCACUAGAGGAUCGAAUGAUGACCACCGGCAAGCAUGCGGUGGCUGAUAUUUUCUGCAACAGUUGCCAGCAAGUUGUGGGUUGGAAAUAUGAAGUGGCUUAUGAGAAGAGCCAGAAGUACAAAGAGGGCAAGUUUAUUCUUGAGCGAGCCAAGAUGGUCGAUGGUGACGGCAUCGAUACAUUUCACUUUAGCGAUGGAGAUGAUGAGUAAUUCAUCACAUUAUCCUCUCCACAGCUCAGGGCGCUGUAGUGGCGCAAUCAUUUGAAGGUGCUAUUUGGUGCAUUCUGCAAACCAAGACUCAGCAUUGGGCCUCUUCAACAUCAUUGGUUUCAGUUUUUCUGUUAUUUCUCUUUCUAUUUGUGAAGAUCAAUAAUCCAUUUCAUGGGCUUGACCCAGCGGAAAAAUCGCUGCAUUGAUUUGGACAGAGUUCUUAUAGUAUACUUGUACAAAUUUAAAAAUGCCCAAUGUGCGCUUCUAGAAGCAAACACUGACA